UUGAAAUAGAUGUAUGUAAUAGCUUGCAAGCUAAUAAACAAACUAAUGAGGUCGCUGUGCAAGUUAGCAAUGAAACCCAUGAGAUUGGUGUUCAAGUAUCUGAUAAUAUGUUGCAUACUCUCGAAGCUCGUAUUAAUCUACUUCAAUUACAGUUAAAUUUGAAAAUAAAUGAGGUAGAAGACCUUAAAAAACAACUAGAAUAUGCGUACGAUUAUGUAAUAGAAAGUUGGGAUCAU